CAAGACCGGCAAACCAUGGCAGCGGUGAGAAUGGCUUCUCGAUGGGCGGUGCUGGUGGCGGUGCUGGCAGUGUCUUCACAUGGGGCCAGCUAUUGUGACACUUAUCCCAUGAGUUUGGAUGACCAUGGCUAUCAGCUCUUAGCCUGGCAAAACCCCGAGGCCACGGGGAGUGUGGGUAAUCUGACGGUUCAGGUGUGGCUUGAUCCCAUGUGCCCGGAUGCGGCCAACGAGUUUAAGCAAUUGAGCCGGGCCAUCGACUAUCUGAAGACGGUGACGACACUCAAGCCUGUGAGCGGGCAGACAAUGCCGGCCAUGAUCAACUUCCAUGUCCAUUUCUUCACCCUUGGCUUUCACGUUGGCUCCUACCCCAUGCUGCAAGCCUUCACCUGCUUCCGCCAAUAUGGCACUGACCUGCCUGAAUUCACAAAGCAGCUCUACCAAGACUACUCCCAGUUCAACAACAAAUCCUUUUCCUUCAACACCAUCGUUGACAAGAUCAGUACCUGGAGUGUCUCCCACAAUUUCCUCAGCAGCACCACGGCUGCUGCCUGCAUCCCCAACGGCGUCAACACCCGCAACGAGUACAAGCGUGGUCUCAAUAGCGGCGUGUAUAACAGCCCCACGGCCUUUAUUGGCAGCGAUGGCGUUUACACCAAUCCUCUCACUUGGCAGCAAUGGCUCGAGUACAUGGGCAUUGAUCCCGAAGUCUAGUGUAACCACCGCGCAGAAGCAACCGGUGCUGUUGCUAAUUAUGAAACCUUUGUUUGGCGUAACCCGC